CCCCCCCAGGCCCCACUGCCCCCACCCACCCAUCCCCCGUCCCCAUUCCAUCACCUGGACUUCAGCCACAGCCUGAGCUUUGGGGGAGGGGAUGAAGAGGGGCCCCCAGGCUACCCUGACCCACUGGGGCCAGAGCAUGGUUCCCCAUUCCCCAACCUGUCCAAGAAGGAUCUGGACCUCAUGCUCCUGGAUGACUCACUGCUACCACUGGCCUCAGACCCCCUCUUAUCCACCAUGUCCCCCGAGGCCUCCAAGGCCAGCAGCCGCCGGAGCAGCUUCAGCAUGGAGGAGGGCGACGUGCUGUGACCCUGGCUGCCCCUGUGCCUCCCUCCCCCACAUCAGGCUGCACUUGUGUGUGAAGUAGCCACCUGCCCUGCCUCACUCCUCCCUGUUGGCCCUGUUUGGACUUAGUGCCUGUCCGGCAGCCUGUGGGGUCAGCAGAAGCCCCCCACCUGGCUCAGUGCCCCCGGGAGCAGCCCUUCUGAUGGGGCUGGGUGGGAAUAGGCAUUCAACUGGCUCCCGGAGGUGAAAUCAUGAGGGGGCAGGGAGGGGACAGGGUGGACUAGAGGUAAGAAGAGGUCCUAGUUGGGGGGUAGAGAGAUAGGGGUCCUAUCUUCUGAGCCUCAUCCCCCCAUUGCCAAUGAAGGACAGGUUGGAGCAGGUGGUUCAGCAAGCUCCUUCUCUGAGGCAGCAACUGGCCCAGGGGGUGCCCAGGCCUGCCUUUCUGGGACUCAGAUGGUGACAAGCACGUCCCUCAGCCUGGCACUCCCCCUGCCCUCCUGCAGGUGGGGCACCCACCCCCCUAUGGUGCUAACAGCUCUCCACCAGGUGGUGUGAGGGCGGGGUGGGCGGAAGAGAGGGCGGGGCUGGGUUCUGGUUAGCUGUGGGAUCACUGCUGGAAGAGCAGCUCCCCUCCAGACUUCCCACUUUGUGCCUUUAGUAAACACUGUGCUUUGUA